ACCAAUAUGAAAGAUGGAGUCUUCCCAGAUGAAUUUGUCCAUGAAAGUGAAAACCUUUACAAUUAAAAGAAUACAAAGAAAAUAGAUGACCAAACAGAUAACGCCUGAUGAGAAUGCAAUAUCUUUUUCUAACCUGUAAAGACAGAGAGCUGGUACUGAAGAAGGGCAGCCGUCAAUGAAACAUGCAUUUCAAGAAUGCUUUUCCGGACACUUCCCGUCUUAAUCUACCUAUCAUUUUUUUAUAGAACUGAGAUUUUUUUUAAAGGGUUUCAAUAUGCAGAGCAUUUUUUUAAGAGGACAUUUCUGUUCCUUUGACGUUCCACAGCUACAGAGUGAUCUAGGCUGCCCUUCUACUUGAUAUGCUGCUCUUAAUAGCCACCGGCUUUGUGGGAAGGCUCGACCAUGAAAAAUUCUUUAACUCCUGAGGAGACUGUUGCUGUGCUGGCUCUGGACAGAUUUCAGUGAAUUUCAGUCGGCACUGGAAUCUUCUUUUCCAGCCUACCAUCUCUUUUAUUUUUCCUGCCAAAUACGCCACAUUCACGAACCACUCUGUUUUUGUGCUUCUGGACUGCUUGAAAAAAUGGCCUGGGUCAAGUUUCUGCGAAAACCUGGCGGUAACCUCGGCAAAGUUUAUCAGCCUGGAAGUAUGUUGUCCCUCGCCCCCACCAAAGGCUUAUUAAAUGAACCUGGACAAAACAGUUGCUUUCUCAACAGUGCCGUACAGGUUUUAUGGCAGUUGGACAUAUUCCGCCGGAGUUUAAGAGGUUUGACUGGCCAUGUUUGUCAAGGAGAGGCCUGUAUAUUUUGUGCUUUAAAGACAAUAUUUGCACAAUUUCAACACAGUCGAGAAAAAGCACUUCCAUCCGAUAACAUAAGGCACGCUCUUGCUGAAAGCUUCAAGGAUGAACAACGAUUUCAGCUUGGCCUUAUGGAUGAUGCCGCGGAGUGCUUUGAAAAUAUACUUGAGAGGAUCCAUUUUCACAUUGUGCCAAGCCCCGUUGCAGACAUGUGCACAUCCAAGUCUUGCAUCACUCAUCAGAAGUUUGCUAUGACGCUAUACGAACAGUGUGUGUGUCGCAGUUGUGGAGCAUCAUCUGAUCCUCUGCCUUUUACAGAAUUCGUCCGCUACAUUUCUACAACAGCCCUCUGCAAUGAAGUUGAUAGAAUGGUGGAAAGGCAUGAACGUCUUAAGCCUGAAUUAUUCGCAGAAUUGUUACAAGCAGCAAAUACUUCUGAUGACUUUAGGAAAUGCCCCAGCAACUGUGGUCAGAAAAUAAAAAUCCGCCGCGUUUUAAUGAACUGCCCAGAAAUCGUCACAAUUGGUUUAGUGUGGGAUUCUGAGCAUUCUGACCUGACAGAAGAUGUCAUGCAUCACCUAGCCACCCAGCUGCACCUUCCCGGGCUGUUCUAUAGGGUUACAGAUGAACAUGCCAAAAAUAGUGAGCUUCAUCUUGUUGCUCUGAUUUGCUACACCAGCCGACAUUAUUGUGCCUUUGCCUUUCACACCAAGAGUUCCAAGUGGUUUUUUUUCGAUGAUGCUACUGUGAAAGAGGUUGGAACAAAAUGGAAAGAUGUGGUCUCUAAAUGCAUCCGAUGUCACUUCCAGCCCCUGCUCCUGUUUUAUGCCAACCCGGAUGGUACACCAGUAACAACAGAACAUGCCCUCCAGCAGAUCAUCCCCUGUUCUCAUUACAAAACCACUCCAGGGGACGUGGGCCUUGAUAGAUCAUCCGUUCAGAAGGCCGAUCAUCCGAGAGAAAAUGGGUUUGGCGAUCACACCAAGCAGAAGAGCAGUCCGAGAUUCUCAGCGGAUACUUUAGCAUUCAGUCGAAGCCACGUUCAGGCCAGUGGUGGAAGAGGACCAGUGAAGCUAGGUCAUAGCGAUCAGAAGGACAGGAUAAAGGACAUUUCCAGAGAGUGUGCUCAGAAAGCAAUUGAGCAGAAAAACUUGCUCACCUCCCAAAGAAAGGAUCCGGAGAAGCGGCAGAGAAAAGACCUCGGGAGGCUGCGUGCUGUAGUCGACGAAGACGUGUUUCGCGUCAAGUCUGGGUCGCCUCCCUCUGGAAACGGAUUCCGCCAGGGCACCAAUCAGCGCCUGUACCACAGUGAAGGAAAAGGUCUGUUCAAACACGAGCGGGUCGUCCAACAGGGCCGGCCGCCGGCCCAGGCGCCCGGCCCGGGCCCGCCACAGACACUCCCGUCGGGGGAGAGAGCGGCCGACAAGGUCAGGGCCGCAAACGCCACCGGCUAUGAUACCGACAGCAGCCAAGAGUCGAGGGAUAGAGCGUGCGGCGGCAGGAGUCGUAGCCGAGGCUGGAGACCCAUGCGAGAGAUGUUGAAUGUCGACAGUGUUUUCAGCAAGAGUGAAAAGCGGCAGCACAGCCCCAAGCCCAGAGCGAACCCAAACGGCAAACCCAAAUGUGGCGCAGAGCCCAACCCCCCUAACCGGCCCAAAGAGUCCGCCAAGCAGAAAAGUCUGAUGACCAUCUAUGAAGACGAACUCAAACAGGAGACGGGAAGCCGGAGUUCCCUGGAAUCUGAAGGGAGAGGCAAUUCGGAGAAAGGGAAAAAGUUCCCAGAGGCCAAAGUCCACGGCGAAAUCUCCCAGAUGCAGAGGACGGAGUCUGGGUAUGAAAGUAACGACCAUGUCAGCAAUGGCUCUGCCAAUCUGGACUCACCUGUUACUGACAGAAACAGCCCAUUGGAUGCCAAGUCUAUUAAAGAAACGACAUCUUGCAGUGACCAGAUUCAAUUGAGUAAACAAAGCGCAGAGUGUGUGCACUAUUCGCCCCAACAGAGCAGAAGCCAUCUGGAUGGUUUGAGAAGAGAUCUCAAGAAUGUGCAAGUGGCCAAUGGACUGGAUGAUCUCUGUGCAGAAUCACAGAUGCCACUGAACAGUCCUUUUAUGAAGAGAUUACAUGUACCUGAAACCAACGGAAAAUUCUUCCCUUCAUCAAGCUCACAGCCGCUCAAAGACCACAUGACAAGAGACCAGCUGCUCAGACUGAAGGAACAGAAGAUGGACAAAUUAAACGAACAGCAAUCUUCAGGCUGGCUUAAUCCAGGAAAGACGGGUUUGUCCUUGCAUAGUGCUGGGGGCUUAAUUCCUUCACCCAGCAAUGAUCAUUUGCUUUUUGGGAAGAUGCUGAUUUACAACGAUCUGCCAUCUUCUCCAGCAAAAGCAACUGGCUCCAAACCAGGAUACCCCUCCGUGGUACAAGCAGGUAGCAUGGAAUCACCAGCUUCUGAGCUGCCUCUGUCCGGAGAGCAGAGAGCUGAGUUGUUUAGCAGCCCUGGCGACUGCUGGAUGCCAAAGGUUGCCUGCCAGAGCCUACCUCCCCCUUUGCCUCCAAAGAAGAACGCUAAGACCAUUGUGCCGGGAUCGCAAGGUCGUAAAUCUUCCCUUGAAGAGAAAUUGCAAGAGAUCCAACAGACUCAUCCCCUCGGCCUUCCGAAGUACUCAAGUGCUCCUCCGCAACCAGAAUUAGAAGCAGGUGCAUGUACCAGUGAAGAAAGACUUAAAGCAACGUUUCCAAGAAAAGAUUUUCCCCAUCAGAAGCCAAGCUAUCCAUUCAACUCUCCAGGCAGUGACUUUUGGGCAGCCUCAGAGGGGCUCAAUAAGAGAUUUCACCAAACCAAGCCACGUUCCAGCGCUGUGGAAGGUGUAUCUCUGACGACGUAUUUUUCCGUGGACAGCUGCAUGACCGACACCUACAGAUUGAAAUACCACCAGAGACCGAAGCUAUAUUUCACAGACAAGGGUGGCCUCUGUGAUGAGCCUCUAUCGCAAACUGAAGCAGGGGUGGAACCUGUCUACCCUAUCAGUCUUGAAGCCAGCAGUGCUUCUUCAGAGCCAAGAUAUAAACCCAGCCUAGGUGGCAUACACUGUAAUAAAUAAGUAAAACUGGGAGAUACACGAGUCAGGUCAGCAAGCGAAGUUGGCACUUCAACCUUAUCCACUUAACCAGGAACCUACCGGGUCAAUUUAGGAAAACUUGACUGUCUUCAUACAUCUGGGGUAGAAAUUUAAAUUUGGGCUCUUUAUGAGGAUGUUGGAUCAGUCUCUUAGAAAGCGUGCCCCUCUCCCCACCCGUCGUCCCCCACGCUGCAGUUUGUGGGCACUUUUAUUUUCAAGUGGUCCUGUCUGAACUGAGCCUUACGUACCCCAGUAAAGGGGGAUGAGAGGGGAUGAAGGGGGACUACAGAAUAUGAGUCUGGUACCCUGCUGCCAUUCCUAAAGACUAAUGUUCUCCCUUUAUGGUGAUUGUAAGCCACAGGUGUUGUGAAUUAGCCAGUAACUGUGUGUAGGCUGAUAAGGUGCGCUGAUAAAUGAUGCCAUGUGUAACAUGGGUAGAGUUGGAGCAGUAUUUGCCCAUGAAGAAGCACUUUCUGAUGGGUAGGCUUCACCCAUUUUUAAAAAAUCUUUGACUUCUGUGAUAGUCUUCUAUCAAUGACUCCCUUUAAAGUGUCUUAAAACUCAUUUAGUUCCUAAUUUUCUAGCAUUUUAAAAAAUGCCUUAAUGCUACAUGAUUAAAAUGAAACUUGUUAGGUCAGGAACACGAGACUUAAUACUUAAGAACUACAUUUUUGCUUUUUUUCCUUUUGUCAGCCUGAAUUCUGAAUGCCUCAUCCGUGACCUGUUUCAGUCUAGGCGUGUUCUGUUGUGUCAUAAACGUUACUUCAGCCACGUAAGCUACUAAGGUAAAAAUACUAACUGCUAGUGCAGAGCUUUACCUUACAAAUUUCCCCCUCCAAUUGUAGGUGAAGUAUUUUUUUCCUCCCAAGUUUUGGAGCUGAUAACCUGUAAAUUACACCAUUUCCUCCUUAUUGUACAUUGCCAUAUUCGUUCGUGGGUCUGAAUUUCAUAGCAAAUUACCCCGAAUGUUUUUCCUUUUUGAAACAUUUGGAGAACCUGGACUGGUUUCGGUAUCUGUUGACAUAUCCCUAAUUGAAAUUCUGAGGGGGAAAACUUUCCUUCAUUUAUUGAACAAUUUCAUUCUCGGUCACUAUGCUGAAUAAGUUUUACAUUGGAAUGCGCUGCAGAUUGGACCCCCAUACUUUAGCGGGGGAGUUCCAUUUUAAUGAAAUUAAACCAAAUUUUAAGCACAAUGCCAAAUUGCUUGGAACGGCCUCCAUUGGAGGGCUUUUACAAACAGGUUCAGUUAGUAGGGUUGGUGGCUAUUUUCUCAAAUGCCAUUUUUUGGGGAUACCAGAAAUAGCCCUGUACCAAAGCUCUGCAACAAGAUCAUUUUCCUUUCCAAUUAUGAAUAAUACAGGGGUUUGAUUAGCUGUAUCAAACAUCUUACCCACCUGAAAUGUGCACAAGGCUCUGAAAAACUGGAGAAAUAUUUAAUUCCCUUAUGACCUUAAUUCCUCAUUUCAGUUUGCACUGAGCUGGUGGCUUAUGAAAAAAACCUAAAAUUUUUACUUAAACUUCAUUUACCACUCGUUAGCCCUGCUUUGUUAUACUUUCUAAUCCAAUUUAGAAAUACUUGAACACCAACUAGGUUAAAUUUUAUCCUUUUUAUAAAGCCAAACUUUUAGUACUGAAGCUUGUAAAUGUGAACAGUUUGUAUAGAUGUAUUUGACGUGACAGUAUAUUUAACUCCAACGUUUGCCUAACAUUAUUACAUAUGAUGUAAAUCAAUGUCAGUUAUUUUCAGUAAAUGCAUAGCAGUGUUCAGAACCUAGCUGUACAAAGAAAUUAUUUUUGCUUUAUUAUUUAAGCCAAUGAAUAAGGUUUCUGAUCACAUUUUUAUUAUUGGUAUUUAAAGAAAUUUAUGAGGUUGUCUUCUCUGCUCAGCAACAAGUUCCAAGAAUAGUCAGUGUACUUAAAAUCCCACCAGAGCCUUUUGAUAUUCAGGUCAUUCCCUCCUAAACUGCUUAAUGUCGAAACAAAUAUCAAUAUUUGUUUUUCGAUUUGAUCGUACACUCCACAUGAAAGCUGAAUGCACACUAAACUAUUGUUUUAAUUCCUAGCAUGUCUAUUUUUUAAAUAUGUUCUCACUUGGGUAGAUUUAUAUCAUGGUAAAAAAUAAUUUCAUUUAACAAUUCUUGCAAUGAACAGUAUUUUUUUCCACUACAGUUGACUUAUUUUCAUUCAAAGUUGCAGUCCUUUCUAAAUUAAAAUUGUUAAUGAUAAAUUAGAGUUCCUGGACUCUUUUAUACUGGAUCUAUUGUGUGCUUUCUACAUGAUUUGUAAAACAUUGUUAGGAUUCCAAAUAGCUUAAGGUCAGGUUGCAGAGGAAAAUAAGUAGAAACUAAUUCAGGCAAAUAUCACUGCUCCAGUCACUUUUGGUCGAAAUGCUCCUCGGAAACAUUCUCCAGCACCCCUUCUUUCCCCAAAAACCCAGGGUCCACCAUGCUCUAUGUGAUGCCAUAUUGAUGCUAAGACAAUGAAGUUGGCAACCAUCUGAUCCUGGGAGAGUGCAGGUUGGUAAAAUGAUGGCUUAAGAGUGGACAGUAAGGUUACAUUCCAAGCCAGCCCUUACCUCAAAUGUAUAACAUUUUACUUUUUCCAAAGCACUUGCACGUGCUCAUUUUAUCCUAGUAGUCCUACAAGAAAGGCAGAAGGACUGAUUUAGCUCCACCGUGAGGACCUUUGUGGGCAGUUUGCUUCAAGGAGCCAAAUGGGAACUAGAAAAGCGUCUUUUGUCUCCCAGAUGUUUCAGCUUUUACUGUCUUCUCUCAUCCCUGCCAACACCCUGACUUUUCCCACCUAAACUCCUCCUACCCCUGGAGGUC